AUGGAUACUUAUCAGACUAUUAAAAACAGUAAAAUGAAGACAGUGAAGGCUACGGUGUCUGUCAAAAAGAGCUUCAUUGAAGGUGUACUCCGUUCUAUAAAGUCUUUGUUACAGAGCCAAAAGGAACUAUGUAGUGUGUCAGCAGAAGAAUGCUUAAAGCCAGAGGAACAAGUCAAUAUAAUUGAGGUUACCUUCCUAGGUUUCAAUGAAGAAACAGAUGCUAAUCAUAUACAGGAUUUAGCAACAGUGUCUCUGGAACUUCCUGAUCUUCUGAAUUCUAUCCACUUUUGCAAUCUAAAUGAAAAUGAAAUUAUUUUUCUUAAGGAUAUAAAUAAGUCUUCAGAAACAAAUGCUGACUCUCAGAAACAGAAUCAUUUUUCUAGAGUUCUUUGUGUAAUGAGAGUAUCUCCAGCAACAUUCCCAAGAAUCAGAGUUGAUUUCAUAUUUAAUCUACUGAGCAAAUAUGCUACAGGAAUCAGAUAUACCCUGGAAACAUACUUACGUCAGAAACGUCAACUGGAGAAAUCUCAUGGAGAUGAUGAUGAUGACACCAAUCAGUCAGUGUCUUCUAUUGAGGAUGAUUUUGUCACUGCAUUUGAACAGUUAGAUGAAGAAGAACCUUCCAAGAUGCAUGGAAUGAGUUUUGCUACAUUGCGGAGUCAAUGUGAUGCUGCUUCACAGACCAUCCCUGCUCACUGCUUGGAAGCCUGUGAUUCAGAGGUCCUGGUUAGCUCUAUGCGGCAGAAAUCAUUGGCUAAGUCUUCAGCUUCCCUAAUAAAUAUUUUGGGAUUUAAGGAGCGACCUUCUAAUGUGAAAAAUUCAGUCACAACAUCUAUUUCUGAACCUUGGACUCAAAGGAGCUUCUACAAGUCAUGUAAUCCUUCAGAUACAAGUGUUAAUUUACAAAAAACGCUAUUUUUAUCUUCUCCUGCUGAUUCGUCUGAAUCCGAAUGUUCAAGCCCAAGCCCUGUUAUUUUCUUAGAUGAAGAGGGAUAUCAAAAAAGCUUAAAAGCAAAACUUGAAUUGCCCAAGAUCCCUGUAGGGAAAGAUGGUAUAGAAGACUCAGAUUCUGAAAUAGGUGAAUUUUUUGACAGUUUUGAUCAGUUUGAUGAGCUAGAACAAGCUUUGGAUGCACCUUGUCUACUUAAAUGGGAACCUAUUGCAGGAAACCCAUCCAAAAAGAGAGUUCACAAACAUGGGAAAUCUUGUUCCAUUACCACUACCAUGAAUCCUCAGAAAUUUAAGUUUGAUCGGCCCACUCUCCCAGCUAAUGUAAGAAAACCAACUCCUCGCAAACCAGAAUCCCCCUACAGUAAUUUAUAUGAUGUCCCAGACUCUCCUCGCCCAGUGAAGACAUCUGGGGAAGAUAGCGGUUUGUUUAGUCCCAUUCGGUCUUCAGCUUUCAGUCCCCUAGGGAACUGUACUACUACUGAAUGCUGCUGCCACUUCGAUGUCAUUGGAGAGAAGUUUAAUGAAAAUCACAAUAUUGCUUAUCAUGCUUACUCUGAUUAUGCAAACAAUGUUUCGUGUGCAAUACUUGGCUCUGUUUUUCAUUCUCAGUUAGUUCCCAGACACACUGAUAGUAUUAUAACCACAGAGGGGAAAAUUCCAACUAUAGACCUUAAACAUAGGGUACCUGAUUGGAAAGUAAGAUCAAAACAGAAGUCUUUAAUGAUUAAGGAGAAUAUUCAGAAAUUUGCCGCAGAGCUGGUAGAAAAAAGUUUUGGCCAUGCUUUUAAAGACUUACAGAAGGGAGUCUCUUCAUGUACCAGUGCACUCUGCAGCUUAGCGGUAAAAUUGACAUCCUCAGUCUUUGAUAUGGCAUUUAAUGAAAUUGGAAGGCGGAGAGCAUUUUUGCUGAAGGAGCGUGCCAUCAAUGGUUUGGCCAACUUUUUGGUUGGGGAUGCUCUAACUAGUGCUUUACGAGAUUUACACUAUGUCAAGAAGCAGAUAUUUACCAACACUGCAGCCAGAUUUGCUGCAGACCUUGCUGAAGAACUUAUUUUUGAAGGCCUUAUGGAAGUGUGCCAGUUUUCUCAUCCACCAUCUCCCACAGGAACACAUGAUGGCCCUUUUGAUUAUGAAGACAAAGUAGUUAGGUCAUAUGCUAAAGAUUUGUCUGAAUCUGUCAUACAGGAAGCAUUCAUUGAGCUAUCACAAGUUGAUGUGACUUUUACCACAAAAGCAGCAAUUAGUGUCUCUAUGGAUAAUAUCAAGUAUGUCAGUGCAGAAAAUGUAUUGCAGUCAACACAAACCUCAACUUCUUUUCCUACUUGUCAUGAUCAAGUGCUAACAGCAUUGAAUCUAGGACAGAGUUACAGAAAAGAAUACACAGUACAGCAGGCUUUGUUUUGUACUUCUGGUGUUGUAACGUCUAUCCCAGUACCAUUGGCAGGAAGUGCCCUUGGCAGAUAUAUUUCAUCUAAUUCAUGUCAGGAAAUUUCUCAUCUACCAUUGGAUAAUAGUCAUAAAAUGGAAAAUGAUUCUACCCAAAAAUACUUUAUUGUAAAAAAUAAGGAAGAGGAAGUAGCUUGUCUUAGAAAUAUUCAUCUGGCUUCAAACAACAAUCUAUGUGAUGAAAAUAAAUAUGAAUUUGCACAUAAUCAGAAUAAUCAUAAAUUAAUGAAUAAUACUGGAAUCAAUAGCUGUUCAGAAUUAGCCUUUGGUCCAUCAGCCAUCAGUAGUUUCUCUGGCACAAUGGUAGAUAUGAUAGUAACUGAAACUUAUGAAACAAUCACCUCCAAAGUUACCAAAGCAGUUGGAGAACCUUCAGAUUAUGUGACGAAAGAUAAAGCAGAAGGAAAAAUCCCUUUACCACAUGGUGGAGCAUCUCCACAGUUUGGUGAAAGAAACUAUAAGAACUAUUUUGCUGAUCAUUUAUCUAAAUUUAUUGUACAACAUUCCAUAGAUGAAAGCAAAUCGGUUACUUCAAAUAAUAAGAAUAUGGCACACAUUAUAAAAAUGGCAGAGAAACAACAAUAUUUGCCUGCCCUCAAGGAAGAGCCACCACUGACCCUGAAUAAACCAACCAACUUUCAAGAUUGUCUAGAUCAACCUGCUCAGUAUAUGUCUUCCUUAAUAAAAGAUUGCAUUCCAGAAUAUAAAGGCUCUAUGGCUUCCAAGUUUUCUUCAGGCUCAUUACCACCUUGUCCAGAUGUAACUUUCCAAGUACAGAAUACAGAAGAUCUCACUGAGACAAUGGACUCUUCAGGAAAACCUUUUGAUAAAUCUUUGAAAAAACAUGACCUGAAUAAAACUGCCCUUGGUUCUCUGCCUUAUGGGCAAGAAAGCUGGUUUUCUCCAGCUCAUACAUUCUCAACAGCAGUGCUUCCUGUUGAAGACAUUUCACAGGUAGAAGAUAAACAGAAAAUCAGAGAUGGGAAUAUGAUACCUGAUACUCCUCCACCAACUCCUUUAGUACCUCCCCAGACUAGUUCAGAGCAGAACCUAAGAAAAUUAACCAAAAAACUCAAAGGAGAAUUAGCAAAAGAAUUUGCACCUGCUACACCACCUUCCACACCUCGAAAUCCAUCUCUUAGUGGCUUCUCUGAAAAUGAACAAAACACCAUAGAAAAAGAGGAGUUUAUGUUGAAACUCAUGAGAUCUCUUUCAGAAGAAGUUGAAAGCAGUGAGGAUGAAGAAUACCCAGAAAUGCAUAUGAAAUCAGAAUAUUCAGAGAAAACAGCUCAGUAUGCAAAUAAUUUAGCCACACAUAUAAUUUCUAUGGCAACUGACAUGGCUGCUUCCUAUUUGCAUAGCAAAAGCUUCCAAGGACCUAGUACAAAAUCUCAGUUAAAUGUGCAGAGUCAAACAUCUGGUUAUGCUACAUUUGUUAAUAAAGAUGAGACUUUACAGUUCUUACAGGAUUAUGCAGGUGAUGUAGCUGGGGAUGUCAUCAGAGAGGCUAAGAAAAUGGUAAAAUCAAAAUACUGUAAAUUAUUGAGGCUAAAGAAGAAUAAUUGUCAUAAGGAUAGUCUUUGUCUCAACAGUGAUGAGAGAGACUAUAGCUCAAAAGAGAAGUGGAAUAUAUCAACUGAACAGUGGCCAAGAGAGGUUGACCCAUUUAGUCAUUCAUUACCUCAGAAUUACUGCAUGUCAGGUCUGACAUCCAAGUAUCCCAGCUGUGAAAGUGUGACAGAUGAGUAUGCAGGUCACAUUAUCCAAGUUCUGAAAAGGGAGGGUGCUAAUAGUGAACUAAUAAUGGAUCAGUAUGCUAGUCGACUUGCUUAUAGAUCCAUUAAGUCAGGUUUACAACAAGCAGCUAGGAAAAUCCAACUCAAAUAUAAUAGAAAAACAUUCCCUGUACAAAGCUCACAGAUGAACAAUAAAAAUGAACUGUUAAAAUUUUUGAAUCAAGAAAAGUACCAAAUAGAUAAAAAAGGACAAAGCAAAAAGUGUGAAAACCAAGCUGAUGAAAGGUCUAAACUUACACAGAGAAUUGAAUGUCCAGAAUUGAUAAGAUUUUCAGACUCUCUUGCUUAUAACAUAACACAGGAUGUUAAAAGAAAGCUAAAAAUGUCCACGAUUGGUUUGCCAAAAUCUUUAACGGAUUCUUGCCUUUAUAAAAAAUCUGCCUCUGAGGAAGAUAUGGGGGCUUAUGUUAAAUCAGCAUUUUCUAAAUCUCUUCAACUUUCUUCUCCAAAACAAAAACUUUACCACAGUACAAGCAGCUUAAAUGAAUAUACAGAAAGCAUUCUUCAAGCUAUAGAACAAUAUGCCAAAAAAAUAGUAGAUGACACUUUAGAAAUAAGUUUGGAAUCUGCAGUUCUCCAAGUUUCUAAGAACAGAAAAUCAGCAGAUCGAUUUACUUAUGCUGAAAAGUUGUCACCGCUCUCUGGUAUAGCUUGCAGAUAUUGUAAUCUAAAAGAACACCAGGAUUGUAUAGCAAAAUCAUCACAGUACUUUCUUGGACAAGAAACCUCUGCUAGAAAUAAACCAGUAUCUAAUUCAAAACUUAUAACUGGCUGUCAGAAGUCUAGACUUUUACACCUUGAUGUUCCCAGAAUCCAUGUUGAUCUUGAACAGAAAGUGGUAUUGGCUGAAAAGAUAGUUGCUGCAGCUAUCGAAAAAGCAGAAAGAGAACUAAGUACUACCAGUCUGGCAGCUGAUAGUGGAAUUGGAAAAGAUGGUGUUAGCUUUGCUGACAGCCUUACCACAGAAAUAAUGACUUCGGCGAUGACGAACAUUGGUCACACUGUUAACAUCAGUUCAAUAGGAAAAGAAGGAUUUCAGUCAGUUGAGUCUGUUGGUAGCCAGCAGAUGAAUCUGAGUGUUGGUGAUGACAGUAGUUGGUCCAAUUUAAGUUUUGAAGAUGACCAUCAAGAUGAAAGCAGUAGUUUUCUUCAUCUCAGUGACAGUAAUGGUAACAGCAGUAGCUGGAGCAGUCUUGGUUUAGAAGGAGAUAUGUAUGAGGAGAAUUUAUCCUUUCCAACAUCAGACAGUGAUGGAGCAGAUGAUAAAGAUGAAGAACAUAAACAUGUUAUAGAAGGUUUGGAGAAAGUUGGGAAGAAACUACUAAUAGUGAAUAUUGAUAUGGCUCCAUGCAGUGUGGAUCCUCAGUUGAGGCUUGCCCUUCAAUGGCUGGCUGCCUCUGAGGCAGAGGUGGAACAGCUUUAUUUCCAUGACUCUGCAAGGAAAGAUUUCAUGCUGCUUUCAAAAAGAGUACGAGAAAAAGAGUGGAAAGUGGGAGACCUCUUGCAGGCAGUUCUUAAAUAUUAUGAAAUGAUGGAAAAGGCUUCAGAUGAGGAGAGAUGCAAACCUCUGUUUUGUUGGAUCUUGGAAAAUGCAUAAAACAAAUCCAGCCACUGUCUAAUUUUAUUCCUCCUUUUGAGUGAAAAGAUGUAUGCAGGAUAAAAAUGUAACUAGCAAACAUUAACAUUGUUAGAAUAG